AGCCUGUUUGCUACUCCUCCUCCUGCUGCUUUCACGCAGCCACAUGACACAUAUCUCUGCAUCCUGAAGCAGAAGGGAAGAAAGAAUCCCCAUACGAAAUUAAACGUAGUCAUUAACACGCAUUUUUUUUGCGUUUUCUUUCUUCCCUUUUGCCUUUCACAGGGUACAUUUCAUUCACUCGGUUUCCCACCCCAGCCGUACUUAAACUCACCAUGCCUAAUAUUGUGCUGUUCAGUGGCAGCUCUCAUCAAGAUCUCUCCCAGAAAGUGGCUGACAGACUAGGAUUGGAGCUGGGAAAAGUGGUCACCAAAAAGUUCAGUAAUCAGGAGACCAGUGUAGAGAUCGGUGAGAGUGUAAGGGGAGAAGACGUCUACAUCAUACAGAGUGGCUGCGGUGAAAUCAAUGAUAAUCUGAUGGAACUCCUUAUCAUGAUAAAUGCCUGCAAGAUCGCGUCUUCCUCUAGGGUCACUGCUGUUAUACCAUGUUUUCCUUAUGCCCGUCAAGACAAAAAAGACAAGAGCCGUGCUCCAAUAUCUGCCAAGCUUGUUGCCAAUAUGCUUUCUGUCGCUGGGGCUGACCACAUUAUCACAAUGGACCUUCAUGCAUCUCAGAUCCAGGGAUUCUUUGACAUUCCUGUGGAUAACCUAUAUGCUGAGCCUGCUGUUCUUCAGUGGAUAAGGGAAAAUAUCCCUGAGUGGAAGAAUUCCUGCAUAGUGUCUCCUGAUGCUGGUGGAGCCAAAAGAGUCACAUCUAUUGCUGAUCGGCUUAAUGUUGAGUUUGCACUUAUCCACAAAGAACGAAAAAAAGCCAAUGAAGUUGAUAGAAUGGUGUUGGUUGGAGAUGUGAAGGACCGUGUUGCUAUCCUAGUAGAUGACAUGGCUGAUACAUGUGGAACCAUUUGCCAUGCAGCAGAUAAAUUGCUUUCUGCUGGAGCAACAAAAGUUUAUGCAAUUCUAACACAUGGUAUUUUCUCCGGGCCGGCCAUUUCUCGAAUCAAUAAUGCCGCAUUUGAAGCUGUGGUAGUCACUAACACAAUCCCACAAGAAGACAAAAUGAAACACUGCUCAAAGAUCCAGGUUAUCGAUAUUUCCAUGAUUUUGGCAGAAGCCAUUCGAAGGACUCACAACGGCGAAUCAGUUUCUUACCUUUUCAGCCAUGUUCCCUUAUAAUCUGCCCUCUUUUUGUGUGUGCAACAACCCCCUUCAUUUUCUUUUAAAAGCAAUGUUAACCAAAAGUUAGAUAAUAUAUGCCUGUUUAGCCAUUUCAAUUCUUAUACUCAUUCCUUCUCUGGAAGAGUACAGACUAGCUAAGUUUUAAUGCUACGUUUAUGAGAGUGGUAAAAUCCACCCUGGGUUCAAGCUGGUCAUAUAUUUGGUAUAUUUAAUGAAAAGCUGGAUGUUUUGGAUACACUUUUUGUCUGUGUGCUUGCACAAGAUGAUUUAUCAGUGAAUAAAAAUCAUUGCAGAGAUCUGACAUUUUGAAUGUUACCUUUUUCCUGUGAAAGGUUUGGGUUGUCGGAUUGUUUGGGAGGGAGUUUCUAAUUUGGAAGGGAUUUAAACAAAUAUUUUGUAUGCAGUUUAUUCCUUAAUCUUAGCAGAUGUAUGUUUUAUUACACUAUGGGACAACGUUUUGUUUAUUUUAUAUAUGACUGAGCAGUAGACUUGCUGAAGACAAGUGUAAAUGUUUUUCUCUGUCUUUUCAUAAUGUUAUCAUCAUGUUUCAAUUGUGCAUAUUUUCCACACUAAUUCUUCGGCACACUAUGUAACCUUAACUAAAUGCUUUUGAUUUGCCAAUGAUAAAAGUUCCCUCAAACCAAACCUAGCUUUUAUUUAUUUGGCAAGUUCAUAGCAGAUAUUUCCAUAUUCUAUUUGAUUUAGGUUAUAAACAAUGUUGCAGUUUGAUCUGGAAAUAAAUAGCGAAUCUAUUUUGUAACAAAUCUGGGACUGAAUUAAGUGUUUUGUACCAAAGUUGGAUUCAAUCAAAGCAGCAUAAUGCAUCACUUCUUUGGUUUUUUUUUUUAUAUAUAAUGGUGUCUACAAAAGUUCUGUUUUUCUCCAAAAUGCCUGUCAUGUUGCAAAUAUACUAUUUUUGCUUAAACAUUAUCAAUAAAUUGUCAGAGUACUAUGUGGACCAA